UAUGAGUGGUUUCUAGUGAAGCGGCAGGGUGUGCCUGUGUCAGGCCCCAUGCUCAUUGAGAAGGCCAAGGACUUCCAUGAGCAGAUGCGGCUGACCGAGCCCUGCGUGUUCUCCGGAGGCUGGCUGUGGUGCUUCAAGGCCAGGCAUGGCAUUAAAAAACUGGACGUGACCAGUGAUAGGCAGGGGGCCAACCACCAGGCGGCCAAGCAGUUCUGUGGGUUUUUCAGGAGCUUAGCAGCGGAGCAAGGGCUGUCCCCUGAACAGGUUUACAAUGCAGAUGAGACUGGCCUUUUCUGGCGGUGCUUGCCAAACCCCAGCGCGGAGGGUGGGGCUGGGUUGGGCAGCCUCAAGCCCAGCAGAGACCGGCUGACCAUCCUGAUGUGUGCCAACGCCAUGGGCUCCCACAGGCUCAAGCCCCUGGCCAUGAGGAAGUGCGGUGGCCCCAGGGCAGUCAGAAGCAUCCAGCCCCUGCCCUCAACCUACCAGCCCCAGGGCAGUGCCUGGGUGGACAAGGAGACUUAUGCGGACUGGUUCCACCAGGUCUUUGUGCCUUCGGUGAGGGAGCACUUCAGAGUCAUUGGCUUGCCCGAGGACAGCAAGGCCAUCGUCCUGCUAGGUGGCCCUCAGGCCCACCCGCGAGAGGCAGAGCAGGUUUCCGACAACAUCUUCACCAUCUUUCUGCCAGCCAGUGUCACCUCACUAAUCCAGCCCAUGGAGCAGGGCAUCCGGAAGGACUUCAUGAGGAACCUUGCCAAUGCUCCCGCCACCCCACGGGGUGUCCACACCCAGCCUAGCGUGAACGACGCCAUACUCAGCGUGGCCUGUGCCUGGAACUCUGUGCCCAGCCAAGUGUUCCAACAGGCCUGGAGGAAGCUAUGGCCCGCUGUCCCCUUCGCUGAGGGCUCUUCGGAGGAGGAGGAGGCGUUGGCAGCAGAACACCUCCACACUAAGCCUCACAACAAGGCUUUUGCCCAUAUCCUUGAGCUGGUGAAGGAGGGUGCCCCCUGUCCAGGCAGCAGGCUUCACAGCAGUGAGGCCAGAGAGUGGGGUGCAGUGGGAAGGGGGCUGGAGGAGGAGCAUCCCCCAGCAGCUGUGUCGUUGCCCAAGGCUGACUGGAGCACACACAAGGCAAAGAAAGCUGGCCAGGCCGGCGGAAGUGGAGAAGACCCCGGGCAGGGCGACGAGGCGACCUGGGAGCAGGCGGCCGCAGCCUUUGACACUGUUCUCUGUUUUGCUGCGCGGCAGCCCUGCUACCGUGCAGUGCACUCGCCAUUCCGGAGGCAGCGGCAGGCAAGGCGGUGGUGUGUGGCACUGAGGGCUGUGGUCAAAAUCGAAGGCCUCCAGGAGGCCCCUGGCGCCCACGCGGCCUCUGUCCGCUCUCCUGUGCCCUGCUCGUCCACAGCAGAUGGUAACUGA